GAGUGUGAGUCCAGUGGUAGUAGUCUCAUCACUCUCUCUCUCUUUCUCUUUCGCUCUAUCAAAUUUCAAUCAAUCUUCAAACUACAAAAUCUACACACAUAAGCAACCUUUUAGAAAGUAGAAACAAAUCCAAACUCUUCCCCGAUUUUUUUCUCUCCACAAAAAAAAAAAAAAAAAAAAUAAUAAUAAUAAUAUGUUUAUCCUCUCUUCUUCUCCGCCAACCACCACAUUCUUCACAUCCACAACCACACCCAAAGCUAGGGUUUCUUUUUCUUUUUCUGUGCGAUUCUGUACUCGGAGACAACCAUUUCCGUCUCUUUUUCAUUCUUUUAAAGCUAGUGCCACGGCGGAGAUGCUUCAGGACAAGGAGUCUUCCUCCUCCUCCUCCUCCUCCUCGUCGCCGGCGCCGCCACCCGCGGCUACUACUUCGUCCGGAGAAACCAGCAAGGACUCCCGCACAUUUCUCAAUGCCACCACUGAACAAGAAUUGCUGGCAGGAAUUACGAAGGAAAGAGAAACAGGAAGACUGCCUUCAAGUGUUGCUUCGGGGAUGGAAGAAUUGUACCACAAUUAUAAAAAUGCAGUUUUCCAAAGUGGAAAUCCAAGGGCAGAUGAGAUAGUACUGUCAAAUAUGGCUAUUGCGUUUGAUCGUAUGUUCUAUGAUGUUGAGGACCCUUUUGUCUUCGAACCAUUUCACGAAGCACUGAGAGAACCUUUUGACUACUACGUGUUUGGUCAAAAUUAUAUCCGUCCUUUAGUUGAUUACAGAAAUUCAUAUGUUGGCAACAUUUCCCUUUUCUAUGAAAUGGAAGAGAAGCUUCAGCAGGGUCACAAUAUUGUCUUGAUGUCAAACCACCAAACUGAAGCUGACCCUGCUAUCAUUGCAUUGUUGCUUGAAGCAACAAACCCACGUAUUGCUGAGAACAUGACCUAUGUAGCAGGGGAUAGAGUUUUAAUAGAUCCUCUUUGCAAACCCUUCAGUAUUGGAAGGAAUCUUAUAUGCGUGUACUCGAAAAAGCACUUGACUGAUAUUCCUGAGCUUGUUGAGAUGAAAAGAAAAGCAAACACGCGAAGUUUGAAGGAAAUGGCUUUACGUUUAAGGGGUGGAUCACAACUUAUAUGGAUUGCUCCGAGUGGUGGGAGGGACCGACCGUAUCCUCACACAGAAGACUGGUAUCCAGCACCCUUUGAUACUUCUUCAGUGGACAAUAUGAGAAGGCUAGUAGAACACUCUGGUACCCCAGGGCAUAUAUAUCCAAUGGCAUUAUUGUGCCACAACAUAAUGCCCCCUCCACUCCAGGUAGAAAAGGAAAUUGGAGAGAAAAGAGUCAUCUCAUUUCAUGGGGUUGGAUUAUCAGUGUCACCAGGCAUCAGCUUCUCUGAUAUUGCCACUGCCUGCGAAAACCCCGAAGAGCAGGCUAAGGACCUAUACACACAAGCUGUCUAUAAUGUCGUGAUGGAGCAAUACAAUGUGCUCAAAUCUGCUAUUCAUGCCAAACAAGGACUGGAAGCAUCUACACCAAGUGUCUCUUUGUCACAGCCCUGGAAUUAGUUAACCUUUUUAAUCAGGCUAGGACCCCUAUUUUUAACAUACUUUUGUAAUUCAACUAAGCCGCUGCCCCAUUAAUACAAGCGUGCAAUGUGAAAGGAAGCCCUACAUCCAUGUCCCUUGAUUACUUGAUGGAUAUUUGCCACACAUCUCCUGGGCUUUUUUUGGGCAUAUGUUGGAGUAGAGAUGAAUUCAUCAGAAUCUGGAACUGUGUUGGAAGUUCAAAUUUUCAGCUUCAGGUUCCAGUGUAGUUGUACAGAUCUGUGAUAGGCAAUUUACGUGUAUAUUUUGCUCAAAUUUUAUACAUCAUAUCUUGUAUUCAAACUAGAUGCACAAUUUUCUUCUCUCUCUCUUUGAAUUACACUAUCUUGAACUUUUCACAAUAAGGUCAGUAUCUGGAAGUAUUUGAACAUGUGCUCAAGAAGCAAAGUUUUUACCUA